UUUAAAGCCAUUUUCAUUCAAGCGGUUUGUCAACAUGGCAGAGCCGUCGGUGGCUGCAAAAAUGGCGUCACUUGUCCCGGUCCGAGCCGCGACUCUGAUUCUUUUCACCGUGUGCUUAAUUGCGCCGACGCGCGCCCGAGAAGGCGCAGCAGAGGAGACGGUCAUCAUCGGUUUGCGCCUGGAGGACACAGAUGACAUUUCGUUCAUGGACCGGGGCUACCUCCGGGUGAGCGAGCGCUCCCGGGUCAAGUUGCGCGUGUAUGGGCACAACAUCAACAACGAGACCUGGUCCAAGAUCGCGUUCACAGAGCACGAGCGGAGCCGCGCGGUUGCCAACCUGGACAGCGACAACAAGAGCCACGAGGAGCCAUCGAACCUACACCCGUGCGGCAUCAGGACAUCAGAUAUCUUAAUCCUGCCCAACAUUGUGUUGAACCGCAAGACGUCCGGUGUAGUCGAGAUCGAGGUCAAGCCGUUAAGGAAGACCGAAAGGAGCAAAGCGUAUUACCUGUGCAUCGCGACCUCGACCCCUUCUGGUACGCACGACCCGUGGACAGAAAGCACGUGGAUGUACCAUGAAGGUGAUGACACCAAAGUGAUCGUGGUGGAGGAGAGAAAGUUCCUGCUGCCGUUUUGGCUCCAGGUGAUCUUUAUUUCCAUGUUGCUCUGCCUGUCCGGGAUGUUCAGUGGGUUGAAUCUCGGGCUCAUGGCGCUCGAUCCGAUGGAGCUCCAGAUUGUGCAGAACUGCGGCACUGAGCGCGAGAAGAACUACGCGCGCAGAAUCGAGCCUGUGCGCAGCCAGGGGAACUACCUGCUGUGCUCGCUGCUCUUAGGGAACGUUCUUGUGAACACCACGCUCACCAUCCUGCUGGAUGACAUUGCUGGGAACGGCCUGAUCGCUGUGGUCAUGUCGACCAUCGGGAUCGUGAUCUUCGGCGAGAUCGUGCCUCAAGCCAUAUGCUCGCGCCACGGACUGGCCGUCGGUGCGAACACCAUCUUCCUUACCAAGUUCUUCAUGCUGCUCACGUUUCCUGCCUCGUACCCGGUCAGCAAGCUCCUCGACUACCUGCUCGGACAGGAGAUCGGCACCGUGUACAACCGCGAGAAGCUGUUGGAGAUGCUGCGCGUCACCGAUCCCUACAACGACCUGGUCAAGGAGGAGCUCAACAUCAUCCAGGGCGCGCUCGAGCUGCGCACCAAGACCGUCGAGGACGUGAUGACGCCGCUGCGUGACUGCUUCAUGCUGGCGGCUGAUGCCACGCUGGACUUCGCCACGGUGAGUGAGAUCAUGGAGAGCGGCUACACGCGCAUCCCGGUCUUCGAGGAGGAGCGGUCCAACAUCAUUGACAUGCUCUUGGUCAAGGAUCUGGCUUUCGUGGACCCGGAUGACUGCACGCUGCUCAAGACCGUCACCAGGUUCUACAGCCACCCGCUGCACUUUGUCUUCAACGACACCAAGCUGGACGCCAUGCUGGAGGAGUUCAAAAAAGGGAAGUCGCACCUGGCGAUAGUUCAGAGGGUCAACAACGAAGGGGAAGGGGAUCCUUUUUAUGAGGUGCUUGGGAUCGUCACCCUGGAGGAUGUCAUCGAAGAAAUAAUCAAGUCUGAAAUCCUGGAUGAAACCGAUUUAUACACCGACAACAAAACAAAAAAGAAAAUCACCCAUCGGGAGAGGAAGCAGGAUUUCUCGGCCUUCAAGCCCAUGGACAAUGAAAUGAAGGUUAAAAUAUCACCUCAGCUUCUACUCGCUACUCUGCGUUUCCUAGCAACAGAGGUGGAAACUUUUGGCCUGAAUCAGAUGUCUGAGAAGAUUUUGCUGAGGUUGUUAAAGCACCCGAAUGUAAUCCAGGAACUUAAGUUCAAUGAGAAGAACAAGAAAGCUCCAGAACAUUACCUCUAUGUCCGCAACAGACCUGCGGACUACUUCAUCCUCAUCCUGCAGGGGAAAGUUGAAGUGGAGGCAGGGAAGGAUGGGAUGAAGUUUGAAGCUGGAGGGUUUUCAUCAUAUGGGAUGAUGGCACUCACUGCUUCUCCAGCUUCUCUUUCCUUUUCUCGCAACCGUGUGGUCAAGAGGUCAGAAUCAAUUGGAGUACCUCCAGAGAAUAAGUCUCCUCCUCGGCCAUAUGGACUGAACCACUCUGACUCACUGAACCGGAGUGACCGCAAUGAAGCUAUUAAUCCCCCGCUGGGCAGCAGCAACAACCAGCUCCACUCCUUUCUGCAGAUCUACAUCCCAGACUACACAGUUAGAGCCAUCACAGACCUUCUUUACGUCAAGGUCACCCGUCAGCAGUACCAGAAUGCCGUGAUGGCGUCACACAUGGAAAAGACACCACAGCCAUCAGACAGCGAGUACACCAAAAUCGAACUGACUCUUAGUGAGCUGCAUGACGGCGUGGCCGACGAAACGGACAUUCUGCUUAACCAGACGCAGAACUGUGUUGCCCACAAAAAGCCGAACCACAUGGUACACAACGAGGGUACCGUCUAGCCCCCAAUGGGGUGGUUAGGGGUUUACAAAAGGGUGAAAAAGGAAGCUGCUUACGUUUUUUUUUUCACCUUAUGAGUUAUCUCCGCCACCCCUGUAACAACUGGACACAAAGCCACAAUGGACUGGUAAAACAGCAUCUCGGUUUUUGGACCCAAUCAAUAACAGGGGUCAGUUCCACACACCCUACCGUGUGCCUGUCCACCAGACCAAAGAGUUUGGAGUUUGGACACCCUCCCCCAUCUGUCACAAGGCCCUGAACAUACUCCUCGACUGUCCCCUUAAAGGUGCCAGGAGGGAUUCUGGGAUAGAGGAGGACCACAGUUCAAAUAGACUACUUUCUACAACUUCAUCAGGCUGAUGUUGUAACACGGUGAGUCGAAGACUGUGCCAAAUACCAAUUUGAAGGAAACCAUGAACCGCUUACCAAUAACCUUUUCCUCCUGUAUUUAUUUAUUUUAUACAUGUCUACUGUAUAUACGUAUGUGUGCAUGUAACUACAGGCACAUGCCAAGAACACACCUUUGUAAAAUUCAUUGUAAUGUGUGUACUGUACAUGUUGUGCGUUUGUAAGUGUGAAUGCGAUGCCAUGCACAUGCUAUAGUAUAUACAU